ACAACGUGUUCAGCAGUUGAAAAGGAGACGGCGUGUGUUCAGAGGUGUCGUGUUCAGUAGUAACUCUACCUGAGUAUCUUUUGUUGUUCUUUAAACACCAGCAUGGCUUCAGGAAAACCAACUCGCUUUUGGGGAGACGAGGAGACCCGUUUCAUGCUACGGCAGAUACAGGAGCUAAACAUUUUAAAUUUUCUGGAUGGGCGCAAGAGUAGAAACGCAAACCUUUUUAAAAAGAUCGCGAAAGCGAUGGCAGACGCGGGUUUCAUCAAGACAACGGAGCAGAUCAAGAUAAAGUGGAAGAAUACACAGAAGUCGUACGUUGCUGCCAAACGGAUCAAAACCACAACAGGUGCAUAUGAUCCGGUCAUUUGUCCUUACUUCAGGAUUCUGGAUGAACAGCUGGGGAGUCCACGUUUGUCCCAAGUCGUAAAACAAGAGGAGGAGGAUGUGGAUCCAUCCGACCAAGAAGCAGCAACAGAGAUGAGCCAUGAUGAUUCAACACAGCGAGGCUUGGAUGAGCCUUGUAAGGUUGAAGAGACCUCCAGGAGCAGUUCCCCGCUGCAGAGGAACUCUGAGUUACCAGAAGCAGCAACAGAGAUGAGCCAUGAUGAUUCAACACAGCGAGGCUUGGAUGAGCCUUGUAAGGUUGAAGAAACCUCCAGGAGCAGUUCCCCGCUGCAGAGGAACUCUGAGUUACCAGAAGCAGCAACAGAGAUGGGUGGUGAUGAUUCAACACAGCGAGGCUUCGACGAGGCUUGUAAGGUUGAAUCUGCUGAGACGUCAUGGAGCAGUUCCCCGCUGCAGAGGAACUCUGAGUUACCAGAGACGAGUGUCCAGAGACCUCGUCGGAGGCGGCGGGGGCAGACAGACGAUGUCGCUCUGCUGUGUGAGCAGAUUGCUGAGUCGAGGGAUUUCUGGAGACAUCAGCUUAGAGAGAGUGAUGAGCGACAGGAGCGGCUGCUGACCACACUGAUGGAGGGAACAAACAACAUGUUUGGAGAACUUCUGGAGUCAAUCAGGAGCCUGAGGCCUCCGGCCCCCACACCCCCCCCACAACCCAUGAACUCCACCCCACAACCCAUGAACUCCACCCCACAACCAGACGCCCCCCCAGCCCCAUCCACCCCCUCAGUGACCUCCGACCCUCCCAACUGGUUACAAUGGUUACAGCACCACCAAGCAUCACAGAAUCAGCCGGGAUCUGGACAUUUAUCCCAUCUCUGAACAUCUGAGUUGAGUUUUGAUUGUUUGAUUGGUACACAUGUAUAUACACUCACCACUUACACUAUUUUCUGCCUCAAGGCUUGUUAUGACCUGAUUUAGGAUUCCAGUGAUCUGCACCUGAACAAAAACUGUAUGUGGGUGGGGGAGGAGUAGCAGCAACCUCACACUUCCUGCAUCUGCUGCUUUUUAUCAUACUUUUUUUUUAAAGUCUUUAUUAGGGCUGCACGAUUAAUCGUUAAAAAAAUCGCGAUCUCGAUUCAUGCUUGAACGCAAUCUCAUUUCCAAAUGACGACGAUAUAAAAAAAAAAUAUAUUUUUUUUUUUUUUUUUUUUUUUUUUUCUAGGUUGUUGUAGUCCUGUCAUGGUCAACUAUCAUGUUGUCAUGUUUGUUAUAUUUUGUUAAUGAUUGUGGAUUACAUUUGGAGAAACAUCUACCUUUCUCAUCACCUGACACAUAUUGCAAAUAAAUAUUGUUAAAAUUGUUAUUGUUACAAUUAUUUAAAGACAAGAGAGAUGUUUAUUGUUCUUAUGUUCAAUGUCAGCUGUUACAGCAAAAAGCAGCCAGAGGAAUAAUUUGUUGUCUCAGAACUACAGGAUCUGUUACAAGUCCCCUUUCUGAAAGGGUGUUCAACUCAGGGAGGAACAAAUAUUGUUCAAAAUUGUUAUUGUUUAAAUUAUUCAAAGGUUUGUGUAAAGAAGACAAGAGAUGUUUAUUGUUAUAUUUUUGUUCAGCUGUUGCAAAGUUAAAGUAAUAAGUGCAAUAAAUUUUAUAUUGGAAAAAAAUCGUGAGAGAAUCGUGAUCUCAAUUCUAAGCAAAAAAAUCGUGAUUCUCAUUUUGUCCAGAAUCGUGCAGCCCUAGUCUUUAUUCUAAUAAAACUUUUGUAACAAGGACAUCUAACGCAGACCACACCGUUUCUUUGUUAAAAGCUGAAGGCACGAUGCAAAUCAGAAAUAGAAAAAAAAGGAGUCCAAAAAGAAUCUUAAUUAAAUCAUGUGUCUUGAGGCAACACGUUUAGGUUAAAAUGAAUAAAUAAUCACUUCAGAAGAGACUGCGGCUUCAGCUUAAGGAUACCAUACUACAACUGUAACAACUAUGCUUCAAAAAUGUAAAUAACUACCAGUUUAUAGAUUUACUGAAAUGUUACAGACCUAUAGAAGUAAAAUAUUAAAAUGUAAUCAUUUUAGCCCCAUGAUGCAUCAGUACCACUUCUGACCACAUGGAGGCGUAUUGAUGUGGCAUGUUGACCAGAGUCACAAUAAUUAAAACAUUAAUCAUCAGUGGGAACGGUCCGGCACGGUCCGGUAUGCCGCUUUAUUCCACCAGAGGGCUGAAAUGUUUCAAAGCAUACUUUGGUCAGUUCCCCUUAUCUCACAUUGUACUUGCGUUGAGUCUCUUCCUUUUUGGUGCAGGAGAUGGAGCACCGUCCUCAUUUACCCCCAAAACAUAUGAAAUGAUUGGUUCCUCAAUCCUGUUGCAUCAAUCAGAUCACUCUUCUGUGCCGAGAGCCCCAUCUGGUUACUUGUGCGUUUUUUGCAACCACGUAAUUAUCAUUGUGAACACACUAAUGCCAUUUGAAACACAGCCAUUAGAGCAGCAUUAUGUAACUUUUCCACUUAAUCUAAUAUUUCAUCAUCAUCAUUGUGAUGGUACAUCAACUUCCAACAGGUUUAAUGAACCUCUGUCAUGGUGUGAGGGGUCUGUAUCACCUUCACUGGUACUAUGUAACUUUGAGGAGCAUGGUAGGAACUAGGGCUGGGCGAUACAUCGAGAUUUUAAUAUCGAUAUAUUUUCAAACGCGAUAUGGUACGAGACUAUCGUUUAUAUUGAUUUAAAAAAAAAAAAAUUUAAAUUUUGAUAUAGCUUAUUUUGUGACAAAUUGACUUGAAUGUUUUAUUUGAGAUUUGCACAAAUGUUUUAUUUGCACAACUGUCAACCUCAGUGGAAAAGUCUGCCUGUUACUGUCUGUAUUGUAUUAAUUGCACAGUGUAUUUUAAUUUAAUUGUUAUGCAGGAAAGGGAUAUUUGUUUUAUUUUAUUCAAGAUGCAUUUUUAUUCUAUAUAUGCAGGCAGUUUAUUUUUAUUUCAUUUGUUUUAUACAUUUUGAUAUUGUGCAGUUAAUAAAGGAACCUGUGUGACAUUUGGCACGAGGCUUUGUAUUAAAACUGACUGUUUUUUUAAGGGUUUGCCUCGGAAAAAAAUGAAGCUAACAGAGAUGCUAACAGAGAUGCUAUGCUAUAAUGCUUUGGGGGAAACCCCAAUUAUGGCACAGAAAAAAUAUCGAGAUAUAUAUCGAGUAUCGCCAUUCAGCUAGAAAAUA